UUCCUUCUCCUACCCGUUUUCGUCACUUUUCUUGGUUCCUCUUUCUUUGGUCCCAAGCAACCUUUCCUCUCUGGGUGCUACCGUCCUUUUUAUGGACUUGUUGAUGGAGACUGCCUGCAUUAGGGCCAGCCAGUGCUACCUUACUUUGUCUCUUCCCCGUCGAAACCGCUUUUUUAAAACCCCCGUUGUCCCUCCCCCGGACACCAUCUGACGGGUUCGGUUUGAGUCUGGUGGGAACUGAGAUUCAAACUCCCUUUUUUCAACACUACCAACCGAAUGGCCAUUGGCGCUACUCUCGCCUUCACAACUCUAGACGGACAUGGCCGAGUCUGAACUCGUCCGUCCUUCAACGUCGCAUUCCGGCGCCUCGGGCUUUCAGAGGAGGUUCCUUCUUUCAAGCCCGGGGCGGCCUCGAACCGCAACUGGUCUCAACGACCCCAAAUUCAACACCCCCUCGCCUGCUGGGGGCUUGGCUGUCCGAGUCUGCAUCAAGUUUCAGCCGUCUUUGGAUCUUACCUAUGAGAGACAAUACCAAUCAUCGUACGGAUUCGAACCAACCGAUCAACUAUGUCAAGCACUUAUACGUCGCUUAACCCACUGCUCUCAUGAGCUCCUCACCCGCAGAGAUUCAACCGCCCUUGAGCGGACUAUCCCACAGAUUGGGGAAGGGAAGCCGCUCCGAUUUGAGUUAACCUAUCAGAUCUACCGUGGAGGCCCGGAACCAUGGGCAACGAAAACGUUCAGUUCGUACCAGAAGUACCCCAUGGAUAAGCCGUCUGCCAUGGAGAUUGCUCGUUCGACAGACCGCAUCAUCGGCUCCUUUAUGAAGCUUCACGACAAGACUUUCAGAUGGACGCAAGGGAGGACACGUGAGCGAUCCUCAAGCGAGCUGGAAAUUCUCAAGCCUCUGAGCAACCCGGUCUCCCUCCUUCACGUCCCCCAAUCGCGGUUUAUUGAUGCUACCCAAGAUUGGGAAUUCGUCCCCGGCUACGAGAUCACUCUAUCCUUCCGGAGUCGAUGCAAGUCACGCAGACAAAGAGAAUGGCAACGUACCAUCACGCUGAAGAGCAAGCAGAGCUCCCCGCUAACCUUGUCCCAUGGAGAAGAUAUGGCAUGGGUUUUGUCAACAGCGAUGCAACGUGCCUUGGAUGCUAGGAAGAUGGCGUUUGAUAGGCAUCACCGCCAGUCUCGUGACAGAUUUGACUUCCUGGAUGAGUCCCAUCACUCUGAACAAAAUGCCGUUCACGUCGGAUUCCAAAUACGGAAUCAACUUGGACUGGAUCACAGGCACCUGCGCCGCGAGCUUGAUAGCAACUUGCUCCUCUUCGAACACCCCGAAGGCCUCGACUGCGACCAGUUCUUGAACCAGCUUCAACAUGCCUUCGAAGCGGUGCGGGAUGAUACUGACAAAGAAUUGAAUGAGAUGGACGACCUCAGAGUCACAGUCUAUGAGCUGUCCGGGCGCGGCUGGAAAACCGAAAAGCCAUUUGCUGUCUGCCUCGACUCAACUGCCUGCUAUUCUCGGAGAACGGUCAAAGCCAUCUUGGACAGAGUGCAGACCGGCGUUGCGGAUAUCCUCGGAGGCAACGAUAUAAGUAUCACUCUAAUGGUUCACAAGCGUGGCCACCUGGUUUUGGACAAGACCCUCGUGGCCCGUUCGCCGUACUACGCGACGGGACAGCGCCAAGACGAAGAUCCUGAGACUGUGAAGGAGAACUUCCUGUCGAAACUCAAGAGCCGAAUCCAGUCCGACAUUGCUUUGGUGGUGAAAGACACGUGCGCUCUCUACGACUCUCAACCACAGAACAUUCGCGUUGUCGAGCGGCCAGUUCCUGCAGCGAAUGACCCUGCAGAGAUGGAAGCUUUACCAUCUAGUAGCCCGCUCCCGAUCCCGACGCCUAAUGGGGCCGUGCCGGACUCUUUCGAUGGCAGCUUCACUCAGUCGUCCGAACCUUCGAUCCUCGAAGAUGAAACGCUUCAGAAUAGCAGUGGGGUUGAAACGAUGGCCGGAAGCGUCAAUGACACCGUGGGGCCCUCGCAACAGCCUGAAACUCCAGCCAAAGCAAUCGCUUUUAGAGAUCAGCUCGACUGCAGCCGAAGCAGUCUGUCCUUCUCGAUGACUGAAGACGGCGAAACUACAUAUCCAUCUUCGUCGUCUACUCCAAGCCUUACCGAUGAUAACAUUGGCACGCCCCACGAUAGCCUCUUGAUCACGCCGACCUUUAUGCGAACGCUUUCGGGAACCCCUCAACAAUUUGACGCAGAUCCGAACAUUGCUGGUUCAGAAAACUCCGAUAGCGACCUUGUCGACGAUUCACUAGUAGGGCCGCCGACACCGACGAUGCAGCGCUUCAACGGGCCACGACAGUUCAGCCUGCUGGGCAAAGGCAGUCGGUCUGUUUCCAGACAAUCUCUGGUAUCAACCGACUCUGGUUCCGAACAGCGGUCACUGACCGACUCGGAACCGUCGCCUUCACCAGAAUUAGAGGAUGUGAUUGUUCAAGUAGAAGAAGUUGCUGAGUCGGAGCCCAAGCUCCAGUCUGCUGCCGUCUGUUUGCCGGUAUCGCCUGCCGCGAAGGUCGACGAGCCAUCUGAAGAGCCCGCUCUAGAAGGUUGGCUCGAAUACUGCUGCGAACCAGUCGAUGCCGACGAACAGUCGGUUACACCGGAGUCGGAAGCAUUGCUUGAAGCUGAAGUACAAAAGGUCGAAGAGUCGAUAAGCCAACAGCCAGUGAUCGUCAUUUCUCCAGACGUACCACGAGCUAGGCCUUCUACCCCUCCCCGAUCCUUCGAAGGUUUCUUAGAGUACUCUAUUGAAACCAUCGUCGAAGAGGACGAGGACGACUCUGAUGCCGAGUUCCAUGACGCAGACUCCACGUCUGCCUUCGCCAUCAUGUCCAGCCCUUCAAGCUUUGCAACGGCGACGGAGACUGGGCUGAACUCUCCCGUCAACUUCGACAAUGGGCCACUCUCACCCCUUAUUCUUGAUUCUGCGACGGCGUCACCUAAUCGGGUCGAUUCAGCUUCGCCUUCCCUCGAUCUCGAGAAGGGAGCUUUGCCACCUGCUGUUGAGGUGAUGGAGUCAGGUUCUCUAUUUGAGGAUGUGCCAUCCGCUCUGGCUUCGACUAUCCAAGUCGAUUCUUGUACGUCUUCCACUGACACGAUCGAACCUACCACCGCCCCGCACAUUCCCGAGGCAAUCGAGCCCUUGCUACCCAAAGCAACUGAGGAUUCUCCUCCCGAAGUUGCCGAGGACCCUUCUAUUUCUGAAACACACGAGCCCGCUGUUCCCGACGUUCCUCCUGCCCCCGAAGCCAUUGAGCUGUCCGCGGUUCCCCUGGAACCUGUCGAGCCGACUCUUGAUUCCUCCGAGCAGAUUCACAGAGAUUCACAACCUCCAGUCCUGACCGAGGCCCAGUUCGUCUCGGAUGAAGCUCCUCGCACGCCGACAUCGGACUCGGCGCCCUCGUUCAGCGACAAAGAGGAAACUCGUGAACCAUCUACCCCGCCGUUGAUGACUGAAACUGAGGAUUCGGACUACUCAGAACCUUCAGAGCCUACCGUACCAUUCCCCGAAUUCUCCGGCGAUGCGACCGUUCACGACGAAACCCUGUCUCUCUCGCAUUGGUCGCCGCAGAGAAGAUCAUACCACUUUGACGACUCGAGCGAUAGCUACUUCGGUCACAUGCGCAAGAUGUCAAUUCCUCGGCCAUUGUUUGCCCGUCCUAGCUCGAGUUACGCAUCCUUCGGCGGAUCAUUCGGUCACAAGCGUCAGUUUUCAUCACCGACUGCGGGGUUCUUCGGCCUCCAGGAACCGCGUCGUCUCGACAUUGGUCUUCGUGGUGCUUUGGUCGGUAUCAGAGCCCUCCAGAGUCAGGGGAAGUUGGAACGACGGCCAUCGCAAGUAUUGUUGACGCUCGAGAACGAUAGGGGCAUGGUCCUUGUGCCUGGCAAUAGUCGACGCAACAGCGAGAGCAGGGGAAUCGGGGGUGCAGGAGUUUUGGGGCUGGGCAACGCUUUUGCGUUUUGAACGGGUUGCCGGGAUUGACAAAAGGAUAUACGUCACAGGAGGAUUCUAAAAAAUAUGAUGAUAUGAUGACCUGGGGGAAUUGGACGGCGGCACGGAGGCUAGGUCCAGCGGCCACCCGGGCAGAAAUCCGGUCGUUGGCAUGAAUUGGCGUUUGGGGUCUUUUGUUUUGAUACAGCGGGUUUCAACGCAGGCGCGCAAGCGAUGCAUGGCGGGCUGUUUUGCCUGAUCAAAAGCGAAGUCUACGUCGCUAUUACUAGAAUUAGGCAUUUAAAAGCACGAAAUCUAGAAACCGGUAUGAACUACUGAUUCUAUGUGCUCGCUUGUAACAGAUCUGGUAUAUAUGCGUACUCUGUGACAAUGCUCUGAUUCAGGUCAACCUUGUUAUCAAGACUUCUGUGUAACUUGAGCCGUUUGUCUCCUGAAAGUUGAGUUUACCACCCUUGAGCGCUCGCCCGCCAUACCGUCACUCACCAACAGUUGGAAAUGCAAUGGGGCAAAACUCGAGGCUGGUGGCAAGGGUAGAUAAACGAACAAACUUGCAUGGGAUCUAAACCUCGAGUGCCUUGCCUCGAGCACCUUGAACGGUUAUCUCGGAGUCCAUAACCACGGGGUCUCCAGGUUUAUUUCUAAAU